AUGCCACUCGUCACACCUCGUACCAUCGCUAUAGCUUUCCUACGGGAGCAUCACUCGCCUACGUUAGCUCUGUUCGACUCCCUUCGCGCUACGGGCGACGGCCCACGCACAUCUUCGCACCGGCAUCUGUCAGCCUGCGUCAAACCACAUGGCGACCACCAUGCUGCCGCAGCCUCGGACCAGCAGACAGCACAACAGAGUUCGGGCUCGGCGGCGGAUCGGGCAUCGGUGGACUCGUCAGCUCGCUCGCCCUCUUCGAGUCACACGCCAUUCUUACACAAUCUUUCGCAGCGCUUCCGCAAAGGGAGCAACGCUAGUUCGAAUACCUCCCACGACUCUCAGCAGAAUCAUGGCAGCAACGCAGAUUCCAAAGCCGGUGAGGCCGUACAGAGCGGCACGGCAAAUACCAAACAAGCUGAACGAGCGCGAGCGAAUGCAUCAAGGGCAGCAAAGAGAUAUCUCAUGACGAUCGUGCGAAAUGACUGGGAGUAUCCACCCACGAGCGAGGAGACCGCCAACAAUGCUCGGCCAGAUGCGAAAGAACCCAUCGCAUGGCGACUGCGUGAUGUAGGGGAAUCGGACGACGAGCUGCCUCGUCAUACGCAUCAUCAUAAUCAAGCUGCAUCACCGAACAACAGACGCCGAUCCCGCGGCAGCGAUCCCUACCGCUUCGAGAACCCAGACGCCGUGGCUGACUAUGUUCGGGAGCGGGAGGUGAAGCGCAAAAGGCUGCUUUAUGACCAGAUGAGGUGGAACGAGGGUUUGCGACAUUGGGUGAAUCAGCGCGAUGCUUGGACCGGUGCAGUCUGGGAGCACAGAAACGACCACAAGCCUCGACCGAAGCGGAACGCAGAUGCGCGACGGACGACACAGGACUCGUUAGGGCUGAUUCUAGAGAAAGGGGACAUCCCAGAUUCUGCAUCGACGACGGCCACGAGCAUGGACGACAGCAUGACUGACAGUGGUGUGCCUGCAGUUUCACAGCACUCUUCUUCAACCAAGACUCGCUAUGCUCUAGGCACUGCCGUUCUGGACACUCCGCCACACUCGCCAUCUGCCAAUGGUGGCAUCAGUCAGCCUAACACCUCAAGCUCCUCCCUCGACCACACUGUGACUAUUACAGCUGCAACCACAACCACCACAGACCCGACGAAGCUCGCACUGACAACCACUUCCAGCGGCAAAGGUGUGCCAAUCAGUAUCGCGAACGGCCUGCUCAACCCACACGCGGCUGGCCCUUACCUGCCACUCUACCCGCCCUUGUUCCCCUCAGACAACGUUCUCCGCUCACGAAUCCAGCCCUCCACCUACUCGACGAUAUAUUCCAAGAUCGUUGUUCAGUGUCUGACGCCCAACAUCCCGAUUCCCCUACCAGACAUGGUCCGCGCACUGGUCGCUGGCUGGAAGGAAGAAGGCCAGUGGCCGCCGCAGACGACUACUGGAGUCCCGCCAGGAGCGCAGGGCGCAGGCAGAAGACUAGGCAGUGGUGGUGGAGGCGCAUUUGCGCGUUGGCGUCGAGAGAGAAUGCUACGAAAGCACCGAGAGCAAGGCGAGCGUGGUGGAAUCGUUGAUUUGGGUACGCUCGAGCCGUCGAAUGACCAUUAUAGCCAUCGGAAUGGCGAACUCGGUGAGGAUGGCGAGAUGAGAGGUAGUGGUCAUCGAUCGAGGAAGAGCAUCAGCAGUGUGAUGAAGAAGGCACUAGGUCUGGAGGAUGCAGAGGAAGAAGGGAAGAGGAGGUCCAGUGAGGUGGGAAUACCAAUGGGUUUUGAGGAAGAAGACCUUGAGGGUGCAGCGGGUGAAGAAGGUGGUGGUGAGGCAGGUGAUGACGCUGAUCGGGACAGGAAACUGAAUGAAGGCUUACUGGGAGAUCGCUGA